AUGGGUGAGGGUCAGCUCAACUACUGCGCCGGUAUUGCGAGUGCACUCGUAAGGGACGGACACAAGGCUAUAGUGGCCGUCACUGAGAGAUGGAAGGGACGGCUUAGCGCUCACGGCAUUCAAGAGCUAGUAUUACCGAAAGGGGACGAUGAGUCCCCACAACCGGACGUCAAAACUAUAGCCAAAUAUAUGGUAAAAGCGGGCAAAAUAGGGCCGAAGUCGGCACUUGACAAGGCAGCCAUGAAAGGAGCGGGCGGGACAGAUAGGAUCGAUGCCGUUAAACGUCUGGACCAACAAAUAGCUCAAUUGCUGCCUGAAAUAGCGCCCGAUGUUAUCGUAUUUGAUCAGUUUAUGUCGUUGCCAUCAGUGAUGCGUUCAGGUAUACCGUAUGUGUGGGCCUGUGGUAACGGAACUCUAACUUUGGUAGAUGAUGAUAGGGCACCUCCGCCCAGUUCAGGUUUGUCUGCUUUUGGGGAUAAGAAGUUAUGGAAAGAAUUUUAUGAAGUAAAGAGAAACACAACACUCGAGCCGUGGAAACAAUUCAACGCUUAUGUAGUCUCUAAAGGCUGUCAACCAUUGCCUAAAUUUCAUUUCAUCGAAACCACUGAUUGUCUGAUUUUAUACGCCUUUCCGUUAGAAUUAGAUUAUCUCGAUAUCAGACCAUUGCCUAAGAAUUAUAUCCGAUUUGACAAUUUCAUGCGUAAAGAUAUUCAAUUGAAGUUUGAGAUACCGGUGCCGUUGAGAGACAGGCCGGGAAAAUUGGUGUACUUUUCAUUGGGAUCUAUGGGUGCGGCAGAUGUGGACAAUAUGAAGAGAUUAGUGAAUAUUUUGUCCAAAUCUAAGCACAGGUUUAUUGUAUCGAAAGGACCCCUUCAUGACGAGUACUCAUUG